UUUUAAUAAUGUACCCAAGCUAGCUAGCUGUUGGGACAUUACCAGUUUCCCUUUCACUCCUGAAUUCCUUUUAGUUCUGACUCUGAGGCGAUCUAUCUAGUUGUUUCUUCUUCUUCUUCUUCUUCUUCUUCUUCUUUGUAUUUUUCUUCUCAAGGAUGGCUGCUGCUGAUACCUCCCGCCUUCUUCAGCAUCCCAGCCAUAAACAUGCCCUGGUCUUGCAAGAGCUGAGCGAAAGUUUCAGAUUCGAAUGCCAGAUCUGUAGUAUCUCCGUGAAAGGUCCGGCCUACCAUUGCAUAGACUGCGAGUUCUUCAUCCACAAGUCAUGUGCCGAGUUGCCUCCCGAGAUUCAACAUCCCUCUCAUCCACAGCACCCGCUUGUAUUAUCCACGCCCUCAGGCCGGAGUUUUGGCUGUUAUGGGUGUCGUUACCCGCUAUCUGUUAACUGCUAUCAAUGUUAUGACUGUCGAAUAGACUUACAUGUGGGAUGUGCAGUUGCAACUCUCCCUCCUCCCGAAGAAGAACAGCAUAAGGACGAGCAAAAGCGCGAGAACAAGGACCACCACGAGGAGGAGAUGAUUAAGCACUUUGCUCACAGGCACCCUCUUUCAUCCUUCCACUUGGAUGCACCAAAUUGGAUCCGUUGCAAGGCAUGCUGGGGGCGGAUCUCUGGUCGCGUUUAUGGUUGCCGUGCCUGCAUAUUCGUGCUGCACGAAUCAUGCGCUCUGGCACCCCGAAAGAUAAUGAAUCAUCCUUUCCAUCCACAGCACUCGCUCACCUUGUUUGUCCAUUCCAAGGCUAGCUUUCGAUGCAGAGUCUGCGAGUGGAAGUGUCAGUUCGCAUACAAGUGCAAUGAAUGUGGUUUCAUUCUCGAUGUGAAUUGUGCUGUUUCCAUUAAGCAUCCUCCUCCUCGAGAUCAUGAUCAUAGUCGUAGCACAGACGACAGGCGGGAUCAGAUCCAUCAUUUUUCCCACCCCCACCAACUGACAUCUUUUUAUGCUAAAGCUAAGCUUCUUGCGACCUGUGAUGUUUGCAAGGAAGAGAUAUCGGGUGAUUUUUACUGUUGCCCUGACUGCCUUUUCUUGCUCCACCCAUCGUGUGCCAAGUUGACACAAGAGAUUGUGCACCCUCUUCAUCCGGAACACCCUCUCAUUUGCCAACCAGGUCGUCUUAAGUGCUCUCUCUGCUCUAAUUAUAUUAAACAUGGCUUUGAAUUCAAGUGUGAAGAGUGUCCCUUUGGCCUUGAUGUGGGAUGCGCUCUCCAAUCUCUCUCCGCUACGAAGGAGGAAUUAACUCUCAACAGUGAGCUUCUCCAUAAACACCCCAUGAGGCUUCAGUUUCUAACUGAGGGACAUGAUUAUAAAUCAGGCCGUAUUGUCUGCUGCGAGUGCCCUGCUGAAGGUCUAGUUUACGUCUGUGCAAAUGCUUGCGACAUGAUGAUCCAUAAAACAUGUGCUGAGCUACCACAUGAAUUAGAACACCCUAUUCACCCACAGCAUCCUCUCCUUCUUUCUUCUGAGCCACUCGACAAAUCCAAUCCUUGCUUUGCAUGUCUGGAAAGCUCUGGGGGAUUCACCUAUUACUGUGAUUAUUGUAAGUUCCAGUUCCAUGCACAUUGUGCUAUGAGGAGGCCGACUCUGAAACAUCAGCAUCACGAGCAUAACCUAUCUUAUUUCGGAAAGAUACGCUGCAAGCCAUACAGCGUGCAAUGCGAUGUGUGUUACGAUGAUUGCAGGAUCGACUUCUACCGCUGUGUUCCGUGCAACUAUAAUAUUCACUUCAGUUGCUUGCCUCUGCCCCAUUCCGUUAAACACAAAUUCCACUUCCAUCCGCUGGUGCUCCGUGAUAGAGUUGUUGAUGAACAUUAUGCUUAUGAGGAGCAAUACUGCGACUUGUGUGAGACACUCAGGAACCCAGAACGUGGAGUCUAUUAUUGCGAGGUGUGUAAUUAUGCUGUUGAUAUCGACUGCGUCAUCCCCAAGGCAAAUCUCGAGAAAAGGAGACAAAUGGAGGACAUUAAGCUCAAGCAACUGGAUGAACAAAUUGCCAGUAACGAAGCGGGGACAGAGACAUUGAAGAUAAAAAUGGAAAUGGCAAAGAAAGAAUGGGAAAUGUCAAAGGAAAAAUGGGAAAUAGCAAUGAAAGAUCUGGAGGAGCUUAAGAAAAAGAGACGAGAGAUAUUGAGCUCUCGAGCGCAACAGGAAGAAGAGUCAAACAGGGCAUGAACUUGGAGUCUCGUAAUGCUCUGUUCUUUUGUCUCUCUGGCCUUUCAAGCUUCUGCUCAACUUUUCCUGAAGCUCUUAAAGCUACCAAGAGAUUUAAAGGUCGGUUCAAUUCAUGGUAAAUGAGGCAAAGCUACAUGAAAAGCUGAGUCGUGGUAAUUAAUACUCCCAUGCCUUACAUUCACUUGCAUACGAAUAUUUCCUAUAAGCAUUAGAUGCAUGGACAUUGAGUAUUGUUUCCUAGAAGCUCUUUCGCUCGUGUUGCUUCCGUGCUAAUGUAUUAAGUUGUUUAAUACGUUAUAAACUUCCUCUGUGCUUUAAAUGGCAAAGUUCGACACUGUUCUGUGAAAUUCUACAUCGAUCUUGGCUAUUGAUAUUUUGAGCAGAGCUUAUGUAACGAAUUCAUGAGGUGGGCGGAGAUAGAGACAAGAUGCCAUCCUGUGGAGCUGAGGCAUGAGGGCAGAUCCUGGCCCGUGAAGAUGCUAUGCUACCCAAAGCCAGAGGGUAACCAGGGAAAGCUCUGCCAUGGUUGGGCUGCCUUCUUGAAAGAUAAUGUUGUACGGCACGGCACUGAAGAUAUUUGUGUCUUUGAGCUGAUCAACAGGAACGCCUUCUGCGUUCACAUAUUCAGGUGUUCUGCUCAUUUUUAGUCUUAGCAUGCGAGUCCGAUGGCUGAGGUUCAUUUUGCUGCGUUGUGGCUGGUGAUGCAACUGUUACAAUCAACUGUCGAUCAGUUAUGCCUCGUUCCUCUCUGUUGUUACUUUAAUGGCAUAGUUGUAGUACAGUGAUUGAUGCUGAAAAAUGCCAAUAUUUCUCGGAAAGCUUUUCGUUCAUACAUGGCGUGCAUGUUCAUAUAUAUAGUUCAUGUUUAACAUAAAAA